GAUUUUUAAAAAUCAUUCAUGAGAAAAGCCCAAAAAGUGUAAUUAUAUUUUGAAGCUUGAGGAGAGAGAAAUAAUGGAGAAAUCAAAAGCUUUCCUUGAACUGACCCAGGAAGAAUCGGACCGGGUUUCCUCACUUGAUUUCCUUCCUAUCCCAACUGGCGCGGAGUUUAGUCUCUACGAGUGUUAUGCCCUCAGAGGUAUCCGAGUUGAUAGGCUUGAAUCCGAUCGUGUCUUUUGCACAUUCAAAGUUCCUCCUCGACUCACGAACAGAGAAGGAAAAUUAGCAGCUGGUGCUAUAGCCAAUCUUAUUGACGCUGUUGGGGCUGGAUGUGUCAAUAUUGGGGGUCACCCAGUGAAUGUAUCCGUAGACAUGUCGAUUUCAUUUCAUUCAAGUGCGAAGAUUGAUGAUGAGUUGGAGAUCAUCGGUCAAGUCUUGGGUAAGAAAGGAGGUUAUUCUGGAACAAGUGUACUUGUGAAAAAUAAAGCUACUGGGGAGCUAAUUGCUGAGGGGCGGCAUUCAUUAUUUGGUAAAUAUGCUAGUAAAAUGUGACGAAAUAUUUAUCUAGACCAAAAUGCCUCUUUGGUUCUUCUUUCAUCAGAUAGUUUUCAGAUAACAUGUAUUGAGCAGCAUUGUGCCCCUGAGAAACAGUGCAAUGUAAACAUAGGCUCAUCAAUGGAGGUGGAUAUGUUUUGCUUAGAGUUCCAUUAUUCUUUUGAUGAUUAUGUAUGUGUAAUGGUUUUUAUAUAUAUAAUCCUCUUGGACUCUGUAACUCCAUUUAAACUAGAGAAACAACACAUAAUCAAGGCUA